CGAGUAAAAAUAGUAGCUUCUUUUAUGCGCUCUUGGAAUAAUCAUCCUAGUAGCCAAGUUGCACAGGCAAACACGCUAACCAUGGGCGAAUCUAGACACGAAGAAAGCGCACUCAUCUGUAGAAAAAUUGUAGAAGAAUGCUUACGAAAAUUUGAAAUUCUAGAAUGUUGUUCUAAGAAUGCAAAAUUGUACGAUUCUACCGGCACGUAUUCUAUGGCUAACCUAUUGCACCAGAAAAGCAUGGGAUUACGUUCGGUGUUGGUAGAGCUUGCCGCAAAUCCGAAACACCUAGCAUCAGUCACCUCGUUAAGCACACUUGGUAGUUGCAUGUCGUGCGUUGAGAGCGCUUCAGGAGAAGAAAGAAUUUACUACGAUCGCUUUGAAUAUCUUGACCGAUGCAAAAUAAUUCAGCGUUUAGCAAAAAGACUUGAACUGUUACAAUAUCAAUGCCAUGAAUACAAUCACAAGCUCCACGAAGAAUCACAAAUCGAAAUGGCCAAGCAGCGCUUUGUUAUGCUAUGGGAAUCGGCACGUAAAGAACAGUUACGUGAAUCUAUUUCGCUACGUGUACAAGAUCUUCAGAAAGAACAAACGAUCGUGGACCGUAGUAGGGCAAACGCAUUUCAGGCAGCGCUUACAAUAGACCAGUAUUACGAUUGGAAGCUGGCGAACACCGAACAAACCAUUGAGGAUUGGAUGACCCGUUUCGAUCGUGAAAAGGAGGAACAAGAUGCUCGUUUUCAAAAAGCUCGCGCAACGGAAAAGUAUUGGAACGAGCUACUGCAACUUUACGACCAACAGGCGCAGGAAAUACUUGACUUAGAGAAGGUUUUACAGCGUUGGGAAGCGGAAGCCGAAUUUAAAGAAUACUGCCACCGUAUGGCCACUAGAUUGCAGGCCUGGUGGCGCGGUGUGAUGGUACGCAAAGGAUAUGGCAGGUUUGGCACAUCUGGAAGGAACAAAGGAAAGAAAAGCAAAAACAAGGAAAAAAAAGUAAAAAAGCUUAAGAAAUAAAUCAAUACAAUUCCUGGUAAA